GAGGAGCGCAGGGCCGAACUUGGUCCGCGCCCAGCCUAGAGCGAGGACGAGGACGCCGACGGAGAGGUAUCGCGAGCCGUGACAGCCAUGGCGCCGGAGAGACUGUGGCUGCUGGUGGUCGUGGUGGCCGUCGUGCUGCCCGCCGCCCUGCCCGCCAAGUACGUGCCGAAGUGGAAGAAGCAGGCGUGCGAGAUUCCGGCUCGGCAGCACCCGGGCUCGCACUACACCUGCGACGACAACGGCGACGUCAAGUGCCUCCCGGGUUGGACCGGCGACCUCUGCGACGUGCCAGUGUGCCGCCGGGGCUGCGACCCGCUGCAGGGCUACUGCAAGCGUCCCGGCGAGUGCCGCUGCAAGCUGGGCUUCUACGGCGACCUGUGCAACAAGUGCAUCGCGCUGCCCGGCUGCCAGCACGGCUACUGCAACAACAGCUUCGAGUGCAACUGCGAGGAGGGCUGGGACGGCCUCUUCUGCUCCGAGCCCAUCUGCCGGUCGGACUGCCACGCGACGAGGGGCUACUGCGAGUCCCCCGGGGAGUGCCGGUGCCGCCUGGGCUGGGCCGGCGAGACCUGCCGCGAGUGCCAGGUGCUGCCGGGCUGCCAGAACGGCUACUGCACCAAGCCGCUGGAGUGCCGCUGCAAGGAGGGCUGGAGCGGCAUCCUCUGCCAGACAGCCAUCUGCGCGGACAACUGCCACAAGGAGCGCGGAUACUGCAGGAAGCCCGGCGAGUGCAGGUGCAAGGUGGGCUGGUGGGGCAACAACUGCGACAAGUGCUUCGCGUACCCGGGCUGCGUGCACGGCUCCUGCGCCCGCCCCUGGGAGUGCAACUGCGAGCCGGGCUGGGGCGGCAUGCUGUGCGACAAAGAGCUGCGCUACUGCCGCGACAACGAGGGCACCUGCCUGAACGGCGGCACGUGCGUGGACCUCACCGAGGAGGACGGCAACUUCACCUGCGAGUGCCCGCCCGGCUUCCUGGGCAAGCACUGCGAGGUGUCCAAGCUCGGCAACGCUACCACCCCCAGCCCGCCUCGGACGACGACGGCGGCGUCCACGACUUCCUCGGCGCCUAGCUUCACGACCAGCGCGACGGCGUCCACGGUCACGACGUCGUCCUCGGAGACGGAGUCCAAGUCCUCCGUCGCGACCCCCACCACCGCAGCGAACGAAACCACCGUCGCGGCCACUGACGCCACCACCCCGACCACGGCGUCGAGCAACAGUUCCACAAUGACGGAAGCUUCCACGUCCGCGCCGACCACGACCUCCGAACCGCCGGCAACCACACUGAGAGCGUCGCUGCUCAAGGUCAAGAGGGUGUCAUCCAGCAAGCUGAGGACGCAGCACCCCGGCCACCACAGGCCGCUGCUGCACCACCACCACCACCAUCUGUCGCUGGACCACAGCAAUGAGGCCUUUUGAGCGCGGACCUGCCCCUAGAACCUGUUCUCAUAGCUACAAAUGAUCAAAGCCAAAUAUUCUCAGGAACGUCACAGUAAGCAGUUUCAUUGGGAGCAUUUAGAACAGAUGCUUACAAGAAAACUUGAAUCGUUGAAGAGCCUUGGUGAUAUUGAAAGGUUGAAUAGCUGAGUUAACUAGCAUAUGUAUUUAUUUAUUUAUUAUUUAUUUAUUUAUUUAUUUAUUUUUGUCCCAGAAUAAAGUAAUAAAAAACAUCUGACUUUC